CAAGAUAAUGAUGGAGAUGACUGCUACACCCUCCUAUCACACCAAUACAACAGGUGUAUCUGGAGGAAAUGACACGUUUUAUGAUGAGUAUGGUGAUCUGAGAAGAUCUCUCAACAUCAUGUCUGCUGUUAUCUACUGUCUGGCUUUCGUUCUGGGUGUGCUUGGAAAUGGAGUGGUUAUCUGGGUGACGGGAUUCAAGAUGAAGAAAACAGUGAACACAGUUUGGUUCCUCAACCUUGCUGUGGCUGACUUCCUCUUCACAGCAUUCCUUCCUUUGAGUGUGACAUACAUCGCUCUGGGUUUCCACUGGCCCUUCGGCAACUUCAUGUGCAAACUGAACAACACAGUAAGGUUUGUUAACAUGUUUACCAGCGUCUACAUUCUGGUGGUGAUCAGCAUGGACAGAUACAUGUCUGUGGUGUGGCCUGUCUGGGCCCAGAACCACCGAAAUGUACGCAAGGCGUCCUAUGUGAGUCUGGGUGUUUGGGUACUUGCUCUGUUCCUUAGCACUCCAUACUUCAUCUUCAGGGACACUGGACCAUCAUUUGAUGAUGAAAAAAUCAUCAACUGCUACUUAAACUUUGCUUCUUCUGAUGAAGACACACCUGCCGUGAAUCAAUUAAUACUGCUUCGUUUUAAGGCCAUGACCAUCAGCCGCUUCCUCCUGGGUUUUGUUGUCCCCUUCAGUGUCAUUGUCUCCUGUUAUGCUGUGAUAAUGCAUCGUCUCAGGAGGAACCGUGCCCUGGCCAGCCACUCAAGUCGCCCCUUUAAGAUCAUUGCUGCCAUUAUUGUCACUUUUUUCCUGUGCUGGGCUCCCUUUUACAUCAUGGAUAUAAUUGAGUUAGCACAUUUCAGUACUAAUUUUUCAAAUCCAGUAUUAGACCAUGUCAUUACUAUCGGGGUCCCUUUAGCCACUGGCCUGGCAUUUGUUAACAGUUGCCUUAAUCCACUGCUGUAUGUGUUCAUGGGCCAAGAUUUCAAGGAUACAUUUCGCAAAUCCAUCCUGAAUGUAUUUGAGACUGCUUUCCAGGAGGAGGGUUCCCCCUCACACACCGACUCGAAAUCAGUGGAAACCAGUCAGACCCUUGACAAGUCAGUUCAUAAUACUGAAGUAUAA